CAAUCCCUCAGCUCCCUCAGCUGCCUCAGCGCGCGACAUACCACAUUCACCUGCAACACCACUAACAUCCCGCCUCUCCACUAAUCUGCUACAAGCGGCACUUUCCCCAGCAAUCUAAAUAUUUAUCUCAAUGCCAAGAGCAACGAGGAAUAAUUCCUCGGGCCCUCUAGUAUCGCUCCCUUAUGGGCCCCGCUCAAAGCGUAAAGCCCCUCCAGUAACCGAAGAAGAAAGAGGAUUAGGUGAGCAAGAAGCCACCACGCAAGGAAUCGGGGGGUUUAUCUCUCCAAUAGUCAUCGACCAAGACAGCGAGUCAUCACCAACACUCCCCUCAAGACCACGCAAACGUGUGCGCGCGACCACACUAGAGGUUCGAGGCGACGAUGUUGUAGAAGCUGCCGAACCUGCUAUCGAAGCGAGGUUACCUCUCGCUACUCGCCGACCUCGGAGAAGCCCACGGAAAAGCCUGCCAUGGGAUAUCGUUGCUGCUGGGGCACAAAAGGCAGCGGGGAAGCCUCGCUCGAGUGCCCAGAAUAACAGAAAUCGCUCAAGUCUCGCUACGAUGGAGGCUAGGGAGAAGGGAUUGGCGGAAGAAACGGAACGAAGGAUAGAAGAGGGGAUCCCGAGCGAAGACGAGGAAGGAGGGGGCGCACGCCUAUCAGCCUCGCAUGACCCUCUCCAAUUGAAGGAAAAACAGCCCGCCGAUAGACAUACUACGCUCUUAUCUCCGAGGGAAGAGCAGGCUCCCUCUGGUUCCGAAGACGGGCAUGGUGAUCUUUUGCCAGCCGACAGGUCGCAAGAGAGUCCUGAAAAAGUAGUGGAAGAACUCAUGAACAACGUUGUGACCAGUGCGAUUGCUCAGAUAGAUGAGAUUGAAGAGGAGGAGGUAGAAGACCUAGAGUCCGAAAGCAAUGACGUCGAGUUUAAUCCUCGGAACUACGAGGAUGUGGAUGAAGCCAUUAGGAAGCAGUUAUCUGCGGAGGCCGAUGGUGGGGAAAACGGUGAAGUUGAAGUCGGAUCGGAACCUGUGGCUAGUGGAGAGGAUGAUCCCCAAUGUGAAAUGUCCCUAGCCACCGCUCUCGGGGCAAAGCUCGAAAAAUCUCGUGAGGCACUACAGACGUUCAAGGAGCAGCUCGAAGCGACUACGGGUACUGCUAACCAGCUGAUGGAGCUUCGAGAUGGCAUUGAUUCCCGCUCCGGGUACACUCGAAUUCUGCGGGAAAUCAUUCGCAAGUUGGCCGAGGAGGAGCGCCCCGACAAUGGUGCAUUAGAGGCACUGGCAGAUUUCUCUUUAAAUAUCAGCAGCAUGGUUUCUGAGAUCAGAGACGCUCACAGAGAUGUCGAAGCUCUUCUUGAGAAUCUUGGUGCUGGAAUCAUAUCUGGUACCAGGAGUGCCCAGAUGGUCGAAACUAUGUUGGAGCAAAGGGGAUUCGAGGAAGAGGCACCACGCGACGGUAUCAAUUGGAAACGCAUCAAUAGGAACUCAGUAGUGCGAGAAAAUGAGGCUCUUGCGUCUGCAAAACUGAACCCCGUAGAGCCCCAAACUCCGAUGAGAAGCACCCGCUCGAACCCGUCCAGGUAUCGCACCCAAGGGGCUCUCCCAACCCCCGAAGCGAGGCCGCCUCCCUCGGUCCCAUCGUCCCACGAUUCACUCUCAGACUUGGAGUUCCUUGGCUCGACAGCCCCGGUGAUCGGCGACGAUGCUCCUGUCGAAAUCGUUCGUAUAGAAAGCUUCGGGAGCAGACCAUCUAAUACCCCCCGCCGAUCGAAACGCCGCCGCGAAAGCGAGGAUGAUGACUCACCGCAAGUCCGUGAGGACCGGGCUUGGUCUAGCCCGGAACUAAAAGCGCUCUUCCGACGCCUUGCACAGGUCCAGAAAGCUGAACCCGGCAAAGUCAUUGUCUUGGACUCCCGCAGCGGAUACACCCGCACCAAGGAGGAGAUCCUCAUCAAAGCCAAGGAAAUUAAGGACGAUAUGGUGAGGUCCGGCAGAGCCGGUACUUUGAAACCCAUCUGGGACGAUAUCUAG